UUAAGCUUUUAAAAAUAGAACAAAUUAAUUUUGUUGUUUGAAAGUAGUUUUUUAAGAGAGAGAGAGAGAGAGAGAGAGAGGGAGAGAGAGUCCCAAUGACGAUGCUGUGCUCAAAUACAAAGCCAAUGUGUUUGCAUUAUUUUCAAAGAGAAAGCAGUUUGAAGAAGCAGAAAGUUAAGAACUGGAAGUGCUUUGCUAUUGAUCCCAGAAGUCAAAAAAUCAUUCAUCAUAAUAACCUCUUAUCUGUUUCUUUUGUAUCUUUUAGUGACUUACCACUUUAUGAAUCUCCUGGGAAAGCUUCAUUUGAUGAAUAUUUGGAAGAUAAACCCAGAUUGGUCAAAGCAACAUUUCCUGGAAAAAAUCAACAGCUCAACCAGGAAGAGUGGAGAAUUGAAACACCAAAAAUUCAACUAUUGUUCCUCAAGAUAUGCCCAACCAUUGAUAUGAAAAUAAUCUCCAAAACCAAUGGAGGAGAAGCUUAUCCAUGUCAUGUUCCUCAUUACAUCCCAAAACUUCUUCACUUUCAAAUGCAGACAAAUUGGGAGAUCAAUGGUAUCCAUAAAGAGUAUAGGCCAUCUUCAGCCAAUGUUUGUUCUCAUGGAGUUAUCUAUAGACAAAAAAUUGGAACAAGAAGCCGCCUUAAGUUUCAACUUGUAAUCGAUCUCAGCUUUCUUGUACCGGACGCGCUCCAUUUCGUUCCAAAUGACGUUUUACGGGGCAUUAUCGAGACGGUUAUGAAGGCAAUGGUUGAGGACUUGAAGCAUAAAACUGUACAUAAAUUGGUUGAGGAUUAUAGUAAGUUUAGGAUGGAGAAAGAGAAAGAAAAUAUUGGAAAAGUAAACACAUCAAAAUGAUGAAAAGAUUGUUAAUAUUUUCAUGUCCAUGUGAGAGAUAGAUCGUCGGUUUCAAUAUAUUGUAAAAGAAUAAAUGAAACAUAUAUGAUAAAAAAUAUUUACUUA